AUGGCCACCCUGUUAGACGCCCUCGAAGCCCACCUGAACGUCGACGUCGAUUCCCUCUCUCCCACAAUCUCCACUUCGAUCCCGUUCAAGCCGCAUGACCAGACGUCGAACCAGCUCUGGGCGCUGGACGAGAUGACCAAGCCUGAGAACAGGGAGUUGGUCGAGGGCGCUGUGAGGGAGUAUUGGGUGCGGGGGUGGGAGAAAGUGUGUGAUCGGAUCUGCGCUCUGCUCUGCGCACGCAACAUACCUAACAUCACCGGCCGCGUGUUGCUCCAAGUCUCCUGCCGGUUCGCAUACGACAAAGACGAAGUCAUCUCCCACGCCUGGUCCUACGUCGACGAACUGGAAAAAGUCGGGAUCCCCAAGUCCCGCGUGUGUAUCAAGAUCCCCUCUACCGGGCCGGCACUGAACGCUGUCUGUCCGUUGAGGGAGAGUGGGAUCGAGACGCUUGGGACGGCGUUGUUUGGCUUGCCCCAAGCGAUUGCCGCUGCUCAAGCUGGGUGCUUGUCCAUCAGUCCGUACUUCAACGAGCUCCGUGCACACUUUGACAAGUCGCUCUGGCCGGAUGUCGCCGAUCCCGCGAAGGAUCAUCCCAUGUCGGCUCGGAUCGUGCAUAUAGUACAGACAUACACGAAGCUCGCGAAAGAGACGGGCGAGCGGAUGCCACUUGUCAAGCUCGCUAGUUUCUUAAGCGCAAAGGAGGCGAUGGCAGCUAUCGAACUAGGCUGUCAUGCCGUCACCCUCCCGGGCCCGGUGCUCGACGCUCUCAAAUCCACACCGGCUACCUCUCCCCCACCCUCACGGCCCAAAGACCUCCCCGCAUACUCCAACCCGCCCGCUCUACCCCCCCAUCUCCAAAUGCUCGAAAACACCGACCCGCUCGCUUCUGCCGACUGGGACGGGCGGCUCGCGAGCCCCGACGUGGACUAUCUCGUCAACAACGGGGAACUGCUGGACGAGGCUAUCCAUGCGGAUCCGGUGACGAGGGAGAGACUGGGAGAUGCUCUCGAGGCGUUUGUCGAUGCGGAAUUGAAGAUGCAAGCGUUUGUGGAAGGAGUGGCACAUGAGUUGGGGGUCGAGAAGAAGCCUGUCGAUGUGUGAAAUGAGCUUGUCAGGAUAUGGUCGGGCAGAAGAUUCAAAAUAAUGAUGGUUGCCUGAGGAGAAUGUU